AUGUCUCCUGCAAUGGCACUAAACGAGCAAAAGAGCAAGGAUGAUAUAGCAGAAAGUCAAUAUCAGAAAGGAGUGAAGCAUCUGUGUGAGAAAGGCCAUCUUCACGAGGUUCCUAAGAAGUACAUACUUCCUGCUUCCGAGAGACCCACAAAGAGUGUGGAAGAUCCAAAUGUUGCAAAGCAAAACCUUCAAUUACCCAUCAUUGAUUAUGCCGAAUUGCUUGGUCCAAAUAGGCCACAAGUCCUAAAAUCCCUAGCCAAUGCUUGUCAACAGUAUGGAUUUUUCCAGCUGGUAAAUCCUUGCAUCUCGGAUGAUGUUGUAAGGAGCAUGAUAGAUGUGAGUGGGAGGUUCUUCGAUCUGCCUCUGGAAGAGAGAGCUAAGUACAUGACAACUGAUAUGCGAGCACCGGUUCGAUGUGGGACCAGCUUCAGCCAAACCAAGGACACUGUGUUGUGUUGGAGGGAUUUCUUGAAGAUCUUGUGUCAUCCCUUGCCAGAUUUCUUGCCCCAUUGGCCUACUUCCCCAGUGGACUUUCGGAAAGUGGUGGCCACCUACGCAGAAGAAACCAAACACUUGUUCCUGGUGGUAAUGGAAGCCAUCCUAGAGAGCUUAGGAAUCAUGGAAACAAAGCAAGAACUAGAAGAGUUUGGCAAUGGGAGCCAGAUGAUGGUGGCAAAUUUCUACCCACCAUGCCCUCAACCUGACCUUACCUUAGGUAUGCCUCCUCACUCUGACUAUGGCUUCCUCACACUUCUCCUUCAAGACGAGGUUGAAGGCUUGCAAAUCUUAUACCAAGACAAAUGGGUUACCGUUCAACCCAUUCCCAACGCCUUCGUUAUCAAUGUUGGUGAUCACUUAGAGAUAUAUAGCAAUGGAAAAUACAAGAGUGUAUUGCAUAGAGUUCUGGUGAAUGAAUUUAAGAGUAGGGUGUCGGUGGCUUCGCUGCAUAGCCUUCCCUUCAACUGCACGGUGAAACCGUCGCCAAAACUCGUCGACGAAGCGAAUCCGAAGCGUUACAUGGACACAGAUUUUGGGAGCUUUCUUGCGUACGUAUCCAGCAGAGAGUCCAAUAAGAAGGAUUUUCUGGAGUCUAGAAAGUUGAAAUAUUGAUGAUAUAUAUCCAUAAUUAGAAAGCAAAAUAAAGAAACAAGAAUUACGGAUAUUAAUUUGAGGGAGACAAUAUGUAGCAUCAAUCAUGCUUGGAAUUUAAUUUGAGUGUCUCUCAUAAAUAUCUGUCUUGCUGUCUCCUUGUGUUACUGUAAUGGGUGUGAACAUUGAUCACUCGCUGAUCUACGUACGUUUGAGUUGUAGAAGAAAAUUUUGGCAAUUGUGAUUAUGGUAAUAUGCGGUGAUAUUCUC